AAGUGUUUGUUUUAGGCGAGAGGGCGAGUGCGUACUGGGCAAAAGUAUUGAAUUUAAAACUAUAUUUUAAUGGCUCCGAAUUAAAACUACCUUAUAAAGACACUCUCACAGAGGAAGGGAUGUAUUACUCUGGUAAAAGGCGAGGAGAAGAUGGAAUUGCUGCUGUCAUUGACUUCCUGUUGUCCAAUGCCAGGCUGGUGCUGGGGGUCGGUGGAGCUGCGGUUCUGGGCAUUGCCACAUUAGCUGUGAAACGGCUGAUAGAGCGUGCCGGCAGACCUCCUGAUGAGGAACCUGACAAGAAGAUGACGGACAGCUGGGAGGAGUUGAGCCUGGUCAGCGCCUCUCCUAAAAUGCUCCACAAGGGGAUAGAGGGAGUGGUCAUGAAACAGAUCGCUGCCGCCACCAAGAAAGCGGAGUUGUCCCAGCCCAUUCCGCUGCCCUCCUCAGAGCCGCAGCGGUGUGAUGUAGAUCCUCCUCCUCAGCGGCGGAAGCGGAUGGAUCUGUGUGUGUUGACAUUUGCGGAGCGUCUGCAGCAGUACUACAGGACUCGAGUGUGUCUGUCCGCCGAGGAGGUGUGUGUUGCGCAGCAGCGAGCGUUAGACAUCGCCACAGAGAUCCAGGCCUUCCUGCACUCCAAACACCCCGACAUGCCCUUGGGAGACAUGACUCUGGCCGGGUCGCUACUCGAUGACCUGCAGGUGGUGACUGCUGACCACGCGUGUCUGAUCGUCCCUCUACAGUUGGAGUCGAGCCUGUGGACUCCUAUUGCCGGCGAGGACACGUUUUUGGGUCACCCUCAGUACUGCAUGGUGCGGCGUGAAAACCUAGAGUAUUUCCCGAGGGGACGCAGCUACUGGGAUCGACAUCUGUUGGGCGCAUAUCUGUCAUCGCGGCUUGUUUGUGAGCAACUCGGCAAAUCGGUGAUGGAAUCGAUGAACUGGCCUUCGCUGACCGGAACCCUUGAGUGCGAGGUGCGACCGGUGCUUGGGUCUCCAGAGCUCAAACUGGAGAUUCAAGGCUUGACCCAAAGCAGUCACGACAGCGGAGAACGCUUCUAUAUCACAGUGUUGCCAACAGUGCGCCUUGGCCAAAUGACACUAAUGGCGCAGAGAGAGAUCACGGGCUCAUUCGACUACGUGUGGUACCAGAGCCUGUACAGCAGCGAAACAGCUAGGCUAGCAGCGCUUGACCAAGCAGACUCAGGAGCCAGAAGAAAGUGCCUGAAAACACUAAAGGCGGUGUGUCGCAACUGUCCUGCGCUGCGCAAGCUAAACGGCAGCCAUAUUAGCAACCUCGUUCUGCACAUGAGUGAAAAGGAAACUGACUGGUCAGAAUCUGCGUUUUCCGACAGGUUUCUGCAGGCGAUCACUGAGCUAAUUGGAUACCUGGAGACUGGCGUCUUGCCUAGCUACUUCAAAGCUAACGUCAAUCUGUUUCAGGGUUUUACAGAGGACGACAUUGAUGAAAUGGGCUUCAUGCUGUACUGUGCUGUAACUGAACCUGAGAUUUUACUGAUUUAACACACUCCUAUUUAUUCAACUUUGCAUAAUUGCACCUUAAACAGUGACAUAUCAUGUCUAUAAGGCUUAUUUUCAUAUCUCCCAAUUACCUACUCCGUUAAAGGGGAUUUUGAAGUUAAAGGGAACGCUCACCCAAAAGUUAAAAUUCACUCACCCUCAAGUCAUUCUGAACACUUUUAUUUUUAUUUUCUGUUCAACACGAAAGAAGAUAUUUUGAAGAAAGCUGAAAACCAUUGACCUCCGUAGCAUGAAAAAUAAAUACUGUGGAGGUCAGUGGUUACAGAUUUCCAGCAUUCUUCAAAAUAUCUACUUUUUCGUUGAACCGAAUAAAGUAGGUCACAAGUUUGGAAGAAGUAACCCAGCAAGCAGUUUUUGUUGUCUAAUAGACGUCUAAACAGAGUCGUUUUGGCUAAAACAAGGCUAAAUUUGGGCUGUCAGGGAAAAUCUAAUAGACGUCUAAGAAUAGCCCAAAACUAGACUAGUCAUCACAUAAACAAAUGAAUGACUACACAUAUAAAAUCUGUCUAAUCUGUAUUUGAUGACUAGUCUAGUUUUGGCCUAUUCUUAGACGUCUAUUAGAUUUUCACUGACAGCCCAUUAUUUAGCCUUGUUUUAGCCAAGACGACUUUUGUUUAGACGUCUAUUAGACAUCUUUUAAAAACAAAACAAUUCCUGCAGAGUUACUUCUUCCAAACCUGUCUGACCUACUUUAGAUGUCUAUUGGACGUCUAUUAAACACACAAUUGUUUGCUGGGAAAGGAUAAGUCAGAAUUUUCAUUUCUGGCUGAUCUGUCCUUUUAGCUAUGCAGCGUUUACCUCAUCAGACACUUUUUUUUUUUUAGAUGAAGAUAUACAAGAAGUGAAGGAUGUCCUAAAUCUCCUUACUCUGAGUUUCUAACUGUGUGUUAUGGGUGUUAAGACCAUUCGUCUGUGAUUUAAAGUGAUAGUUAACCCAAAUUUGACAUUUUGCUUAAUUUAUUCACCUUCAGGACAUGCAUUAAAGAAGAAUUGUGUCCUUUGUGAUUCAUAACAUGCAAGUUUAGAGUCAAGAAAUGCAUACUGGGAAAAUAAAAAUCUAUACCUGAUAAUACACAGAGGUCUAAUAAAGCAAAAAGACAGCUCUGUGCAAAAAAACAAAACCUAAUUGACAUUUGACGACCUCGGCCUCUACACUGAUGCUCAGUUUCUUGCACAGACGGGUCAUUUAGCUUCAGAAGACCUCAGUGUUUCAGGAGUCACUGCUAUUUAUUUUGUUUAGCCUGUAUGUUUCCCUCUUGCUGUUUUAUUUUUAAAGUCCAGGUAGCCGGUGCAUUUUAUGAAUCACCAAGUAUCACAGUUUCAGUUAAAAACCUUUAAUGUUCAACUGAAGAGAAAGCAAAGUCACCUGACAGUGAGUGAAUGAACAGCAAAUGUUCAUUUUGGGGUGAACUCUUCUUUUUAGAUGUGUUCUAGUUUGUUCUGGGCUCUGCGUUGACCGUAUGUUGUAAUAUUUAGCUUUUUGGAGCAAUAGCAGAAAUCCUUCCUAGAUGAUGUUAGCGAUGUUGAUUUUGAAGAAGCAAAUGCUCAAUAUUAAGACAAUAAAGCAAUAAGGCAAUGCU